AAUCCCACCGUAUACUCCACACGGUUCACUUUGUUUAAUCAAAAUGCUCGACUUUUCCACCAAUCAAGUUAUGUCAUAGCAAAAGCCGACUCAUUCGUCUGUUUAUAUGGAAAGGGAAGUGUAGGAAGAGAAAAAUAAUGAAGCAACCGCUCAACCCACCUCUGCGAAUAAAGUACAAUGGGAUUAUCAGUAAUAUUAAGAUAACCUUCGUUCGUGCCUGACAUCUUUGAACAGCUGCUCGCAUCUCACACUUCUUUAUAUUGACACCUUGCUGGAUUGAAUCCCCGCAGUACGGGCGGAAUUUGGAAGAGCACUCAUUAGCGCUACUCUUCACACGUUUGGAAGUAAAGGAGGUGUGUGACAUAAAACCGGAGGGACUGCCGAUUACACUGACUCCACAAACUGCAACCACUUGGAUCAGACAGCGAGCUGGGCAACCGGGAGCCGGAGCCAGCGGCUAACCUUGGGUCUCUGGCGCUGUGUCCCGCCCGAAGUGGGGGCAGUGGGAUAUACUAUUGGAUGUGACAACGACAGAUAAUGUCUAGUUUGACUAUGGUCUUUCCCGUCAAUAAUUCGCACCGGGACACCUAGAUCAAGAAGUUCUUUGUGUGUUGCUUGGAGAAGAGAGAUCUACAGGGGACAGAGGACUUUAAGGUGCAAUGCAAGGAUUUCUGCAGGGGGUUCUGCUAAUUCGUAUUGGGAUAUCCAGAUGUAGAACAGAUUAAGUGGAGCUGCUUUCCGCUCGUACAGCAGAAACCGUGCGAGGAGGCGAGGAAGGGGGCUGCGGGAGAGCGGCUGGGCGAGAGGGGCUGAUAUAGGGCUUGGACUGGGGCACUUGGUUUCUCGGCGCGGUUGUGCGAGAGAGGAUGCUGUCCAUGGUGCUGCUAGCGGCGGGGGCUCUGGCGCUGUCUGCCGUGGCGGCGCUGGCUCAGAACGACACCGAGCCCAUCGUGUUGGAAGGCAAGUGCCUGGUGGUCUGCGACUCCAACCCGACCGGUGACUCCAAGGCGUCUUCCUCCUCCCCGCUUGGGAUCUCUGUCCGCGCCGCUCACUCCAAGGUGGCUUUCUCCGCCGUCAGGAGCACCAACCACGAGCCAUCCGAGAUGAGCAACAAAACUCGGAUCAUUUACUUUGACCAGAUCUUGGUGAAUGUGGGUAAUUGUUUUACCCUGGAGUCAGUCUUUGUAGCUCCACGAAAAGGCAUUUACAGUUUCAACUUUCAUGUUAUCAAAGUAUACCAGAGUCAGACGAUUCAGGUCAAUCUUAUGCUUAAUGGUAAACCAGUCAUUUCUGCCUUUGCUGGGGAUAAGGAUGUGACCCGUGAAGCUGCCACAAAUGGAGUCCUGUUGUAUUUAGACAAAGAAGACAAGGCAUAUCUGAAACUGGAGAAAGGUAACCUGGUUGGUGGAUGGCAAUACUCAACAUUUUCUGGCUUCCUGGUUUUCCCUCUGUAAAGUCCUACUGAAUGUCCUUCAAUCCACAUACGUAAUUUUCUUGAUAUAAACUGAUUGUCCUACAUGUUGUUUUUGAGGAUUAUUUAAUAAUUGUGGAUCAUUGUUCCAAGUAUUAAUAUGGACUAUAUCUGGUUGUACGAAACAAACAGUCAGGUGGAUCUGAAUUGUCUGUAUUUUUUCAAACCGCUUUAAAGACCUAUGGAAGGAAAGAAAAGUUUUUAACCUCUUAUCUCAAACCUGCAAAAUGAGAUAGGACUUACAGUGGAGAAUGGUAAAGAAAGGGAAAUCAUCCUUGCUACAGUGGAUAUCAAAGUGGAACAAUUUGCCUGCAACAAUAGUGACAAAUUGUUUGGACUGGAUACGUCUGUGUAUCUUCACACAUAUUAUUUUGCUUUUAACAGCCUUGCCAAUAAGAUUAAACACAUUUAAAAAUGGCUUAAAAUUUUGUUCCCUUAUUUAAUAUAUCAGAAUGAGGAGAAAAGAAUAUACUAAUUUACCAUAAAUGUAUUGUGGAUUUGGGAUGCAAUAUGCUCAUUACCAUGCUAUGUAUGCUAACAUUGCCUUAAAAUACAUGGAAAUAGAUGUACAACUCUACUUUGGCAUAAUGUAUUCUUAAUAUUGGAAACUGAAUUGUUGCUUUAAGUUUUCAAUGCACUUUACCUGAAGAUUCUAUUAUUUUGAAGUGAAAUAAUUCCAGACCAAAUGAACUUUAUAAAUUUCAUUCAAGUAUAAGAGCAGAGCACCGUGGAACUGCAAUCUUUGCUUGAUGGUACAGAUGUUAUGCUGCCUUCAGGACAUUUAUUAUCAGAGAGAAUUUCACAUUGAUGCAGGUUGAGGGUGGUGAAAAAUAGCCACAUCUGGUAGCAUUGUUUUUGACACUUGCAUGUAUGCUUGAAACAAUGAAACAUUGAGUUAACAUGUGGGAAAAGGUUGAAGCUGUCCCAAAUCUGUUUAUUGUUGCAAUUUCCUUUCAGUUCAUGACUCAUCUGCUUUUGAGAAAUAAGCUUGACUCAAUUACCAAUAAAGAUUCAUUGUUCCAUGUUUAGAUUCUGAAACAAUUUUUUUCUUUGUUAUCAAGUUUACAUGGACAUAUUAAACUUAUUUCUUACCCAUCUGAUGAGGCAUGGGUGGAAUUUUCAUGUUGAUUAUUACAAUUAUUAUAAUGGUAAGGUAACUAAUUUAAUGGAGUGUCUCACUAGUGUAAGUUCCAGUCCAGUUCAUUUCAUAACAGAAUAAACAUGAAACAAAUAAAUGUAUUCAAGAUAUUUAGUAUAGUUUUUGCCGAACAACUCAUGAGAAGGAGUCGCAAGUCUCUACAACGAAGAAUGAUCUGACUUCAUAAUGUCACCUUUUUUAAACAUUAAACCAAGACUAUCAAUGAUGCAAGAACAUCAUCAAUAAGUGGUGGAGUUUCAACAAAUGAUUUUUCUCCAUCAUAUCCAUAACCUAAAUAACUGAAUUCUAAACAUUGUGUUAAAUUUAUGGUUGGUCCCUUUGUAGCAGAUCAUUUAAUUUUUACAGUAAGAUUCCCCUUUUGGAGUGGAGUGUUGAUAUACCAACAUGGCAGCAGACAUAAUUUGUUCAUUUGAAAUUUACUCAAGAUGGAGAAUUGCAAAUAAGCUUUGCAAAUUUUGCCAUUUAUCAAGGAAUUUGGAAAUAGCAAUCACACUGGACAUUGGUCUUUUUCUUAUUGGAAAUAAUACAACUAAAUUGCUUUUCAGAUUUUGAGCAUCUGCCAUGUUUAGCCUUUUCAAUUCUUGAAUCUUCUUCAAUAUUGGCAUACAUGUAGUUACAGCUGGUUCAUAAUUGGAAACAAGCAAUCUGAUAAGACCAUGCUUUGGGAGAGGGAUGAGCCCAAAUGUGACAUGUCUUUGUCCUUCUCGUAUAGAAGCUAUGCACAAGAUCUUAUUGAUAAAUAAUGAUAGUGCUCUUUUGUUGUUGCAUUUAAAUAUAUUUUAUAUAUGACUCAAAUAAUGUAACUGUAUUAAUGUGGAGGUAAUACUCGAUAUAUGUUAAUAUUGACUGACAUUUAUAAUUUGAAAAAUAAAUUAUCUACUUACCUUUUGAACUCCAAAAUAAAGUUUAAUUACAUGUUAAAUAAUGAGUCCAGAUAAAAUGGAUAAUCCUUUUCAUCCAUCUUUGUUUAGAAGGCAAUGUGGAAUUGUGGAAUUUGCUAAAGGAAGCUUCUAAUGAACUCUCCUGAGAAUAUUUAAUUUCUGCUAAUCCCUUUUUUCACUCCAGCUGCAUAAGCACAAAUUUGUCAAUCAGAAAGGAGGUUAGAAUUUAAUCUUUAAUUAUAAGAGCUGAGAAAUACAUUAGGCCUAUUAAGUCAAAUUGCCUGUAAGACAUAUUCCUUGUCUCAAUUUUACUUGUUUAUGGUUGUUCUUAUUGAAUUGCCUGUUUAUGACACGUUCAGUCGAGACCGGUUGCUUCAUGACACAAGGACAAGUGUAAAGGUGUGGUGGACACAUUUACACAGCAGGAGAUGGUGUGGUCAACCUUUACUGCACUACCAUGAAUGGUCACAGGAGUUCUUCAGAAUGAUGCAAGAAAGCAAAUUAAUAAUGUUUCAUAUUAUGAAGUAAUUGGAUACAACAAAUCAUUAAAACACAAUAAAGAAAAAAUGGGAGUCACUGCUUGAUAAUAAAAAGUGUUUUUAACCUACACAGGAGUGUUGAUAAAAUUAAGAUUACAAUAAAUCAUAUAAAGUCCAUUUUGAUAUUGAUGUUCAAGAAUCUCAAUCAACGAUGCUGCAUAAAGAGGAGAUAGAAGGAAAGAAUGGAGAGUAUUAGUGACAAAAUAUCAGAGCUAAGAAUCUGGGCAUGAAAUUGUGGACAUCGGUGUGGGAAUGAUUAAUAUUGGGAAUGCUCAAGUAAAGAGAAGCAUAUGGCAGAAGUAUAUUCUGUGGAAUGAAACACUGGGUGAUUACUCCCUUAAGGAUUGUAGUACAUGACACUAUAAAUAGCAUAAUAACAUGAAUAUUGUAGCUUCCACAAGCUCUCACUCUGCAGAAACUGAUACAGUGUAUCAUACAAUAUGAAGAAGGGUCUCGACCAAAACGUCAUCCAUUUCAUCUUUCCAGAGAUGCUGCCUGCCCUGCUGAGUUACUCCAGCAUUUUGUGUCUAUCUACACAACAUCAGAAAUGGUCUUUAAUGAAUCAAUGAAAUUUAGAUUGCCUGCCUAAAAAUUAAGAUAACUCAUGGAUGUACAAGCUAUGCGAUUCAAAUAAAAUACCGCUUCAAGGAGGAUGCUGGGCCUUUGGAUUUCCAGGCAAGUAUUUUAUCGUGCAAGUGGAAACAUUGGGGGAAAAAAACAUUAAAAAAAAACAUAUAUUGGGUUGGUUAUCCAAGAUAAACAGUUGAACAAAAUAAUUGUACCCCACUGACCAUUGUACCAUUAUACCCCAAAAUAAUUAUACCCCAUUGAAUUGUACCAUUCUAUGAAACUCUGUAUUAAGUUGAGAGUCUUGUUCAUAAGCAAUUUAAAAUCACGCUGCAGUCUAGACAUGAAAUACUUGACCAGUACCAGCUCUUCCCUCAUAAUCAGGAGCUGGGGGAAAUUCUGUGGUAAUUUCUUAAUAGAGCUAAUAGAAACAGUCGACGUUCAGCAGGUCACGCAGUGUAUGUCGAGAAAGAUACAGAGUUAAUGUUUCAAAUCAAUGCCUUUCAUCUGAGACACCAAGGUUUGCUGGACAAUAAGUGCAGUUUCGCAGAUUUGAAGAACAUUUUAGGAAAUUUUAGAUUAUUUGCGGAAAACUGAAUUCCAGCCCUUGACAGACACUGUUAUGUGACUGGGUUAAUUUAAAAUGUGAAUGUAGGUGUUCAAAGCUGUGGAACUAUUCAAAGCGUGCCAGAAAUGUUGAGUGGCCAACAGAAAGAAGUGGAUGCAGUGAAAUACAAAAUAAAAGGCAGAAUAAAGUAAGUAAUGCAAAAUGAGAAAUCUAUUGUAAGUUCGGUGGACUGCAACAUGGCAACUGACCCAAAAAAAUAUCCUGCAUUUGAAGAAAAACAUUUAUGAUGUGGACAGGAAACUCAUUGCUAUAAACAUGGCACAAAGAGGCCAUAAUGAAGAUGUCCAUGGAGCGGAUUAAAUGAACUCUAAAGAAAUAGAACAAGGAUUAGAUUCAGAGUAGCACUUGAAGAUAAUGAAAUUCAUGCUAUGAUGGAAUAUCUGCUGAUGCAUUUACACCAAGAUGUGAUGCAAGAACUAUCAGUAAUAUUUCAAUUGUCUCAGGAGCAAUGUACAAUGUCUUCAUGGAACUAACAGUCAAUCUCAAGGUGGUAUGAUUAAAACCAAUGAAGCCUGCACUUGAUUACAACAAAUCUACACCGAAGCCUGUGGGGAAUGCUGCCCGAAAGUGGUGAAGCAAAGAAUCGAGAGAUACAUGAGGUGCAUUUCAAUGUAAGACAAUAGAGGUGUCACGCCCAUACUUGGCAACAGUGUAGUCCAGCAGAUGGAUUGACCCCAAUGUGCUAUGAGAGAAUACUAGAGGCAUUUGAAAGAUAACAGAUAUUGCACAGAGGAGCUGAAGAUCUGAGGGUUGGAGUCACAAUGAGGAUGAAGUCAACACCUGACAUCACAGCAGGCAGCAGUGACUCAACCAACACCAAACUCCAGAUCAGGUUGUGAUGGAGGAGGAUUUCCACAAUCAUAGGAACUGGUACCUUCUAAGGAAGACUAACGAAGAGGCUUUCCGUACAGAAUCAGAUGUGGAAAUACCAGAAGAUGCAUCAUUCAGUGAGGAUACCACAGCUGAGCAUAGGCCUCAGAGAACUGCAAAUAGAUCCAGAAAGGUAUUUUAUUUACACAGUUAUCUGGGGGACAUUAUCCCAGAGAUUGUACAGUGUUAUUUGUUCCUCAUUAUUUUUUUUAAAGAAAUGUGACUGAGUACCUUAUAUAAUAUUGAGUGUUUAUCACCUUAAGGAUUGUAUCAUGAUUUUAGUAAGUUGCAAUAAUAUUUAGGGAGAAGCUAUCAGAAAGUUUAUCACUGCAGUUUUCCUGCUUGUCUGCAGCAGACACACAGCAGAGAAAGGACACUUGUCUCUCUGGAAGUUCUUUUGUUUGAGAAACCAAGAUAUGAAGGGUGGAAGUUGAGGAGAGGGAGAAGGAAUGGCUAAGGCACUCAAAAGUUUGGAAAAUAAAGAUAAGCAUUUUAAAACCGAAACUUUGCUUAACCAUGUUCAUCAGCAGAUGUAGUGAUGAAGUUUGCAUCCAUAUCGUAAGAGACAUGUCAAGGGUUUACAAAAAUCUAGGCCAAGGGGCACUAUCCUGGAAUGAGUAGGAAUAGUUAAUUAUACAGAUUACAAAGUAAUUGCUGCACUUUUCAAGAGCACUUGAGUGGAGGAAAGACUGACGUUACUAAUGUAGAUAUAGAUGGUCUUAUUGAUGGCAAGGUUAUAUAGUCCAAUGCUCAUCUUUGAUUCUGUUUAGGACAGGCAGUAGGGAAAGAUGAAGAUCGUGGUUCACAAAGGGUCCAAAAAUAGCGGAGAGUGUAUUUUUUGAAGAGGCUUUUCUUCAUCCAAUAUUAAAUGUUAGAUAAUGAGUGAAUAGAGAGGAAUUGAGUGAUGCACUAGUGAGAUAGAUUUGGAUGCUUUUGGUGUAAGUGUGAAAACUGCUGCAAUUUUCGUGGGAUGGUGCAGAAGUUAUGUAGUGAAUUUGUCUUUAAGUAUGCAGUUGAGAAAUAGGAAAGGACAAAGGAUGCAUACCUGGGGAAACACCAGAGGUAACGAUAUGGGACCAAAUAUAAAUGUCUUUGCCAGUGGUGCACUGUAAAUAAAAAGGGAAGUAGAUACAUGGCAUUCCAUUUGAAGAAGAAUGCUAUGGUCAGCUUUUACAGAGUAUUGCAGACAGGAUGAGAAUGGAUGAGAAAGUUUACUUUUUGCACAGUUAAAUUUAGACACCAAAAUUGCCUUUAUUCAGAGAUCAUUACAACUGCAAAGAGGCUUGAUUAGAGUAUUCAUGCAUGAUGCUCUGGGAAUGAGGUGUGCAGAUUUGAGAUCAAAUAAUAUAUUCAAGGACUAUAUCUCAAGGGUCACGAGAUUUUUGUUUGAAGAGAAGCAGAAUGGUACUCGAUUUAAUGAGAUAACGAAGAAAAAGAAACGUUAAAAAUACCUGUUAAGCGGGAAACCAACGAUAAAUAAUGGAAUUUUAUGGUGUUUUUUUGCUACAUAAUCGUAUUAUCCUAACAACAACCUGGAGCUGGUGCAAAAUGCUGGUUUGGGACUUGUGGCUUGCUGAAGGAGAUUGGAAACAUGGUCCUGGAAAUGUUUUGAAUUUCUUGAUUCUGACAUUAGACGAGUGUAAAGGACAGACCAUCA